GGAUGAACGGGACGGGCCGAGCGUGCGGACACGACGAGGCAGAGCUGCCGGCCGGGGCUCGGCCGCUGGUCAGCGCCUUCAUGUUCUCGGCCGGGCUCCUGGGCAACCUCCUGGCGCUGGGGCUGCUCCUCCGCGGCCGYCGCGGGCCCCGGCAGCGCCCGCCCGCGCUGUUCCACGUCCUGGUGCUGGCCCUGGUGGUCACCGACCUGCUGGGCACCUGCUCCGUCAGCCCCUUGGUGCUCGCCUCCUACCACCAAAACCGCACCCUCAACGCGCUGGCGCAAGGAGGCUACAUCUGCUCCUACUUCGGCUUCGCCAUGAGCUUCUUCGGCCUCGCCACCAUGCUCAUCCUCUUCACCAUGGCGCUGGAGCGAUGCCUGGCCCUGGGCCGGCCCUACUUCUACGAGCGUUUCCUGAGCCCCCGCACGGGCUUGGUGGCUCUGCCGGCCACCUACACUUUCUCGGCCGCCUUCUGCUCCCUGCCCCUGCUGGGCUUCGGGAGUUUCGUGCAGUACUGCCCCGGUACCUGGUGUUUCAUCGAGAUGCACCUGCACCCCGACGAGCAGAGCCGGGAGGCGGCCGGGCGGACCGUCACCUUCUCGCUGCUCUACGCCACCCUGCUCCUCUUCCUCAUCCUGGCCGUGCUGCUCUGCAACCUGAGCGUCAUCGUGAACCUGGCCCGCAUGCACCGCCGGGGGCAGAGGACACGCCGGGUGACCACGCUGGAGCAGCCCCGAGYGGCCACGGGCUGCGGCCGGCGCAUCUUCUCCAUGGCCGAGGAGAUCGACCACCUCCUGCUGCUCUCCAUCAUGACCAUCACSUUCAUCAUCUGCUCCCUGCCCUUCACGAUCCGUGCCUACAUGAACGARUUCGGCGGGCAAGAGGACGACCACGAGCGGGACCUGCUGGCSCUGCGCUUCCUCUCCAUCAACCCCAUCGUGGACCCGUGGGUGUUUGCCAUCCUACGGCCACCAGUGCUGCGCCUGGCACGCUCCGUGCUGUGCUGCCACAUGUCCCCUGCCACCCCACGCCCYGCUGUCACCAAGCUGGCCGCGCGCCUGGACCUCUGCGGCCACUAAAUCCACUGGCCACACUGGGAAAAGGAUGUGUCCACUGUAGCCUGGCCCGGGACAGGGUGGCUCUGCCACCUGGGAAGCCAUCGUGGUCUCUGACAGGGACAAAAGUGCAGCAGGACAAGGUUGGAAGGGUCGGUGUCACCCUCAGGUGGGGCUGGUGCYGCCUGGAGAAGGUUCAGCCCUGCUGGGAGGGUCGGGUGUGAAGCAUUUGGGGAUUUGUAACCCCACGGCUGGGGGGAUGUUGGGAAAGCAGGGAUUGCUGCUGGUGUGUGCCCAGUAAGGUCUCCGUGGUUAUUUUAGGAUGGGGCUGGGGGGAUGUUUGGAAAGCAGGGAUUGCUGCUGGUGUGUGCCCAGAAAGGUCUCCGUGGUUAUUUUGGGAUGGAGCUGGGGGGCUGAAAACACCCACCUGUGCCCCCAGAUCCCAAAGGAGUGGGGAGGAGAGGAAAGAAGCAGUGUAUCCUCAAAUAUUCCCUGUUUUUUUCAGGCUGGUUGCCUAAAGAAAUGCACUUUUUCAGGUGCAGGUCUGUGUUAUUUUGUCUGUCUGUCUGUCUGUCCCACACCCCGGAGAUUUUAGGCUCUGGAGUUUUCCUGAGGGGCACCAAGGUACUAAAAAAAGCCGAAUUUUGGCAUUUCCCUGGUGCUGUGAUGGAGCAGAGCAGCCCUUCCUCAGCAUCCAUUUGGAAACUCUCUUUGCCCCAUUAUUUUUGCAAGAGCCAGCAAAGGGAAUAAAGAGCCUGACCAGGGAAUGAGAGGUUUUGGUCACAGCCAUGAGCUUCACCCACAUCCAAGGUGAUGCUGCUGCUGGGCUUUGGGUUUGUCUUUGACUGACAAAUAUUUAUUUAAAAUAAAAUUUAAAAAAAUCAAUGAAAGCAAAAAAAAACAAAUGCAAAACCAUCCGGGUCAUCACUCCUGCCCUGCUGGGCAGCAUCCUCCAACACCACUAUUUUAUUUUCUGUGUUCCUCUGCUUUUUGAGACUCCACUGGGAUGAGGAGCAUCCAACUCCACAUCCCAAGGUCACCGCUGCCAUCAGGAAUUUUCUCCCAUUUGGGCAGCAUCCGACACAGCCCGUGGCAUUUGUGCAAUUCCAUUUUGGGAGUCUCCUUUGGGAGCUGCAGCUCCGUUCAGGGAACCCAAAGGUGCUGAGAUUUGGGGCUUUUCGUGAGCUGAGGCGAUGUCAAAGUGAAGAAUUGUCAUUAUUUAAAUAAUAAAUGUGUUUGAAGGAGCCUGAUGAAUCACGUGUGGGUUUGUGCUGGAGAUGCACCUCAGGGUCCAUUUGGCUC